AUGAGGACUUCUAGUGUUGUUCCGGAGGUCGCCACAGUGAGGCGACGACUGUUGUUGGGACUGCCUCAUCGGAGUGGUGGCGUCAACUAUCUACAAAUGAUGGUUACUUCGAUGGCGCUGGGGCUACUGUGCGAUCGAAGGUCGGGGGCAAUUAACCGAACAUUGUGUUGGUCGACUGGUGGUUCCAGCAGAGUAGCAAGCGGCAACUUCUGGAUGUGCUUCCUCGGAUUGGGAGCACCAGGGGUGCAACGACCAUCAAUGGUCUGA